AAGGAUUACUUAAUGACCCUUUCACCCAUGGCCAAGAAUGAAUUUACCUACUGUUCUCUUUUGAAUGCCUGAAUCUUAUGAAAGACGAAGCAUUAGCUCUCUUUAAGCUAAUGGAUGAAUUGAAGCUCAUCCACAGUGAUUUGCCUUUGAACGAUCUCAUGCAGUUGUACUUGAAAUUGGGACAACCUGAGAAGGUUCCUGAACUCAUCGACGAAUUGAAGCAGCGAAACAUUCCGCGGAGUAGCUACACUUACGGAUUCUUGUUGUGGAGCUACGCGGAGUUAAACGACAUGGAAGGUGUAGAGAGAGCUAACCAGUUUGAAAAAGCUGAGGCUUUUCUUAGGAAGUUAGAGAGUGAUAAGAUGCCUCGUAAAACACGGGCUUACCAUUCUCUGAUUAGCUUGUAUGCUGGUACUUCGAAUCGAGCCGAGGCUUAUCGAUCACUCAUUAGGCUUAAGGAUUUUAAGGGGUUGAAGAAAUGCUUUAAGGUUUGGGAGUAUAGUUGCUCCGUAUAUGAUAUGAGGUUGGCCGAUCACGUGAUCCAUGGUUAUCUAUCAGGGGACCUGCUUGAGGAAGCUGAACUUGUGUUUGAUAAGGCUAUGAAGAGAUGUAAAGGUCCUUUUGCUAUAUCUUGGGAACGCUUCAUGGUUUACUACUUAAAGAAACUCCGCAUUGACUUGGCUCUUAAACAUAUGGAAGCUGCAGUUUCUGAGAACUGGAGUCCUUACCCUGAAACUAUAGCUGCAGUAUUCGAUUAUUUCGUGUUGAUACUGCCCAGCAAUUCUGAAGGAUUCUAA